ACCACAUUGCCUGACUCUUUCAGCCACCUUCCUCAUUUUCCUUUUUAUUUCUUUCUUCUUCUUUCAUUUCAAGUUAUACCACAAAUACAUUUACAUACUCUUCUUCAUUUGCCAACCCACAUGCUCUCUUUUCCUCGAUAACUUAGCCGAACCGUCUUCUUUAUUUCAAAGCUAUCACCAACAAAAGCCGCUCUUUUUUCUUUUUCUUUGCUUGAAAAGCUCAGAAAGAUUGGAUUUUUAUUUUUGUUUAUAGAAAAAAAUAUUAUGGGGAGGUACCAGCGUUAUCAUCAGUUGAAGAAAGGUGAACAUGUACAAGUAGUAAAACAUUAUAUGCCUCUUGAAGAUGAUGACGAUGAAGAGUCUCGUGACUUCGUUUUCGUUUGUGCACCGAGCUAUGGUUUCUUCAACAAGAGAGCUAGGCCUAAGCUUUUCUCUCUUCUCUUUAUUUCCCUUCUUUCGUGCUGCUUUAUUUUGGCUCCUCAUCUCUUUAGCUCUUCCUCUCUCCUCUAUUCAUUUGUUGGGGAUAACGAAAGCCUUCUUCCCAAUGUAAAUGCUCCUUUGUGUGCUUCUGCCUCUGACGGAACUAUAUGUUGUGACAGAAGCGGUUUGCGUUCUGAUGUAUGUAUCAUGAAAGGGGAUGUGCGAACAAGCUCUGCUUCCUCUUCCGUCUUUGUAUACAACUCAGGAAACUCGAAUGGCUUAAUCAACUAUGUUUCGAGCAUGGUUGAAGAAGAUGCUGAAGAGGAACUCCAACACGAAAAGAUUAAACCGUAUACCCGAAAAUGGGAAGCAAGUGUAAUGGACACCAUUGAUGAAUUAGACCUUAUCUCCAAGAGGGGAAGUGCUGCAAUUAACCAUCACUGUGAUGUUCAACAUGACGUUCCUGCUGUGUUUUUCUCGACUGGAGGAUAUACCGGGAACGUGUAUCAUGAAUUCAAUGAUGGACUUUUGCCAUUGUAUAUCACUUCUCAUCAUUUGAAGAAGAAGGUUGUAUUUGUCAUUCUUGAAUAUCAUAAUUGGUGGAUUAUGAAGUAUGGUGAUAUUCUUUCACAUCUUUCGGAUUAUCCAGCAAUAGAUUUUACUGGAGACAAGAGGACUCAUUGCUUCCCCGAAGCGAUUGUUGGUCUCAGAAUCCAUGAUGAGCUUAAAGUGGAUCCUUCAUUGAUGCAAGGAAACAAGACCAUAGUUGAUUUUAGAAAUAUUUUAGAUCAAGCUUACUGGCCAAGAAUUCAUGGAUUAAUUCAGGAUGAGGAACGAGAAGCUCAAGAAAAACUAAGGGAGAAGCUUUCUUUGUCUCCAUCAUCAAAAACCUCAUCAGAGAUUAUAAGAAAUAUGGAAGAAAAUCUAUUGAAGAAACCAAAAUUGGUUGUUUUAUCUAGAAAUGGGUCUCGAGCGAUAACUAAUGAGAAAUUGUUGGUCAAAAUGGCUGAGGAAAUUGGCUUUCGAGUUGAAGUUGUGAGGCCUGAUCGGACUACAGAAUUGGCAAAGAUUUAUCGGGUGCUUAACUCAAGUGAUGUGAUGGUUGGAGUCCAUGGUGCAGCCAUGACACAUUUUCUCUUCAUGAAGCCUGGCUCUGUGUUUAUUCAGGUCAUUCCCCUUGGAACUGAUUGGGCAGCCGAGACAUAUUAUGGUGAACCAGCAAGGGAACUUGGUUUGAACUAUAUCAGCUACCCCGUUCUUCCCAGAGAAAGCUCUUUGUAUGACAAAUAUGAUAAAGACGAUCCUGUUCUUCGAGAUCCAACAAGUGUAAACAAUAAGGGCUGGCAAUACACCAAGGCAAUCUAUCUCGACGGCCAAAACGUGAGAUUAAACCUCGAAAGAUUUCGUAAGCGGUUGAUUCGUGCUUAUGGUUAUUCCAUCAACCGGAGUGCUCAUCAUCAGUCACAGUAAUUCCGAAUGUCCUUACUAGCUUUUCUUGUUCUGGAUCGUUAAUUAAUUUAAUUGAAAACUGUAAUUUUUUGUGAAAAAUUAGUGAAUUCAUUCCUUGUUUUGUACAUUGAGCAGGAAAUAUAAAAAAAAAAAAAAGGUCUUCAUUUUGGUAAAUAGUUGGAAUGUUUGUUUGAAGCAGCCACACUCCGUAACUUGUAAGACUUUACAUGUAAUGAAUAAUGAAAUAUUUUACAAAGUGCCCAUGAUUUUUGCUUCAUGCAA